GCUAACACGCUCUGUACGGAGGCUACAGCGGCAGGAGGUGUUGACAGCGGCGGCCUCAGAGCCUCUCCCUUCCCGCUCCCGUUCCCCGCCGCGGAUCGUUUCUAGCGGGAGCUCCUUCGACUCACGAGCCCCGAAGCGGCACGAGUGGUUUCCCGCGUGGGGAUAUUUCCGUUGACGUUACCACACGUUAGCUUUAGCAUUAGCUUUAGCAUUAGCAUCCCCGGCCCAGGACUCCGGCGGCGCACGGAGUGAAGUUCGCAGCGGACCCCAAACUUCUGCCUCCCCGCCUGGCCGCUGUCUAUCCGCGGGGUCCGGGGCUCCUGUCGCCGGCCCUGUGGAUGAGAAGAGAGCCGCCCGCCCGGGAGAAGGACCCCUUUGAUGGGAGAAACCUGCUUCUUAACCUCCUGGGUCCACAGAAGAAGAUUCACCAUGAUGGAUGAGCAGGAUGCGCUGAACUCGAUCAUGCAGGACCUGGCGGAGCUUCACCGCUCAACAAGACGCCCGGUCCUGUCCCUGACCGACCUGGGGAAGCCCAAAGCCUCCUCGCCCAAGAACCAGAACGACGUCAGAGUGAAGUUCGAGUUCAAAGGCGAGAGAAGGAUCCUGCAGUUCUCCCGACCGGUCCUUCUGGCCGAGCUGAAGACCAAAGCUAAGGUGGCCUUUGGCCAGAGCAUGGACCUCCACUACACCAACAACGAGCUGGUGAUCCCCUUGACAACUCAGGACGACCUGGACAAGGCGGUGGAGCUGCUGGACCGCAGCGCGCACAUGAAGAGCCUGAAGAUCCUCCUGGUGCUGCAACAGACCCCCUCCAACAUGUCGCUGCAUGAGGAGCUGGACAACACCAGCUUCAGACUGGAGGACCGCAAGAGCCUGAUGGGCCUCAAAGACUCUCACUCUACGGACCGGGCCUCCCCCCCCCCGGGCUACAUCCCCGACGCCCUGCAGCAGUUCACCAGGAACGGGUCCUUCACCUCCAUCAACAGUGAGGGGGAGUUCAUCCCCGAGAGCAUGGACCAGAUGCUGGACCCUCUGUCGAUGAGCAGUCCAGAGAACUCUGCAUCGGGGAGCUGCCCGUCUCUGGACAGCCCCCUGGACAGUGACUACCCCAAGUCCCGGAUGCCCCGGGCACAGAGUUACCCCGACAACCACCAGGACUUCCCAGAGUACGACAUUCCAGUGUUUGAGAAGUCUGGGAAGGGCGGGACCUACCCGCGGAGAUACGGCAUUCCCUUCAGCCUCCAGGACUACAGCGACGGGAGGAAGACGUUCCCGAGGGCUCGGAGGACCCAGGUCCACGGGCUGCGCUCCCCGGUGAGCUUCAGCCCCACGGAGCCGUCCCCGUCCACCAGCAGCGGCAGCAGCGUGUUCACCCCCGACCUGGAGGAGGCCCCGCUGGGGGGGGGCCCGCUGCCGGGGGGGCGGCGGCCUCGCCGCGGCAGCGACAUCGAGGGGAACAGCGUGGUGACGCCCACAGGGACCCCCGGACUCUCAGUCAUGGACAUCAGCCCGCCUAGCCGCUCGCCGCGCGCCCCCACCAACUGGCGCCUUGGGAAGCUGCUGGGGCAGGGCGCCUUUGGGAGGGUGUUCCUCUGCUACGACGCCGACACCGGCCGCGAGCUGGCCGCCAAGCAGGUGGCCUUCGACCCCGACUCCCCCGAGACCAGCAAGGAGGUGAGUGCUCUGGAGUGUGAGAUCCAGCUCCUGAAGAACCUGUUCCACGAGCGCAUCGUGCAGUACUACGGCUGUCUGAGGGACUCCACCGAGAGGACCCUGUCCAUCUUCAUGGAGUACAUGCCCGGGGGCUCGAUCAAGGACCAGCUGAAGUCGUACGGCGCGCUGACGGAGAACGUGACGCGACGCUACACCCGUCAGAUCCUGGAGGGGGUGUCCUACCUGCACAGCAACAUGAUCGUCCACCGCGACGUCAAGGGGGCCAACAUCCUGCGGGACUCUGUGGGGAACGUGAAGCUGGGGGACUUCGGGGCCAGCCGGCGGCUGCAGACCAUCUGCCUAUCGGGGACCGGCAUCAAGUCGGUGACCGGGACGCCCUAUUGGAUGAGCCCCGAGGUCAUCAGCGGGGAGGGCUACGGACGCAAGGCUGACAUCUGGAGCGUGGGGUGCACGGUGGUGGAGAUGCUGACCCAGCGCCCCCCCUGGGCGGAGUACGAGGCCAUGGCGGCCAUCUUCAAGAUCGCCACCCAGCCCACCAACCCCAUGCUGCCCCCCCACGCCUCCGACCACUGCCGUGACUUCCUGAAGCGCAUCUUCACGGAGAGCAAGGCCCGGCCCUCGGCCGACGAGCUGCUCCGACACAUCUUCGUACACUAG